AAUUAGCCUACUUCACACGUGUUUUCAUAUUUGUCUCAUAAGCUAGUCUCAUUUUGACAUGCCACGUCGAAAACCUCGAAAAACUCGUCGAGCCAAACCUAAGCUGGUUAAAAGCCCAAAGCCUGAUGCCAGUAACAGCCAAAGGGACUCCAAUCAAUCUAGCCCAUGGGCAGCUGCCACCUUAGACUUGACCUAUCAGCCUGGUCUGGGCAGCCAUGAAGACCAGGAGAGAAACAGCAGGAAAAGGCCUGGUCAGAACUACCCGCCAGCGCAGCCUGCACAAUCCGCAACGUCAGUCGCUGCUGUGCCCAAGCGUAAAAGGGAGCUUAGUUCUGGUGAAGGAGCUGAGGUCCAACCACCACGGAGCCCCCCUGUUCGGUCAGCAGGUGAUGAUGUUUCCACAGUGACCCCAUCAGAGGCAAAGAGGAGAUGUGCUGAACUGGCCCAAGGAACCUUCACUUCCAGCUACUCAGUUGGAGAGCUGCUUGGUUCAGGGGGGUGCGGCUCUGUCUACGCAGGAACAAGGAAGUCUGACGGAACACAGGUGGCCAUAAAGUACAUCCCCAAAACAAAAGCAAAAAAAUACAUUAUCAUGCGUGGCGAUGGCAGGCGUCUUCCUCUGGAAGUCGCCCUGAUGACUAUGGUCUCUCAGCCUUCAUCGUGCUGUAAUGUCCUGAAGCUGCUGGACUGGUUUGAGGAGCCCUUCCGCUACAUCCUGGUCUUGGAGCGCCCCAGUCCCUGUUCCGACCUGUUUGAUUUCUGUGGGAUGUUUAACGGUCGGCUAUCUGAGGUACAGGCCAGGCAGAUCUUACGGCAGGUCGUUGAAGCCCUGAUUCACUGCCGCAACUGUGGCGUUUUCCACCGCGAUGUGAAAUCAGAAAAUAUCCUGGUCAACCUUAAUGAUUGGACAGUAAAACUGAUCGACUUUGGCUGUGGGGAUCUCUACAAAGAAGCCCCCUAUUCUAACUUUGCUGGUACCUUGAAUUUCUGUCCACCGGAGUAUUUUUUGAAUGGAAGCUACGAGGCUUCUCCGGCCACCACAUGGUCUGUGGGAGUGCUGCUGUUUGAACUGAUCUGUGGUGACCUGCCAUUUGAAGGCAGAAGAGAAAUCAUUCUUAAUCAGCCGAGGUUUACCACGCGUGUGUCCAAAGAGUGCCAUGACCUCAUCAGCUUGUGUAUGAGCAUGAACCCCCAUGAGAGACCAGUGCUGGAGGACAUUCUAACCCAUGACUGGCUGUCGGGACAGAACUUCUUUUAAGAGAGAGGAGGGAAAGUGAGGCUAGUAUGUACAGUAUGUAGUCACGGUAACUGCUGCGUUGAGGUUUGACACAGAGAAGCAUCCAAAUGGACCAAUUGCUUAUUUCUGCAGCAUCACAGACAGACCGCUAGACAGGGAAGGCGGGCUAUGCCUCAAGUAAAGCUUUGACACCUGCAUCCGCUUGAGUUUGUCUGCUGGCUCUCCUACUCCUCCUGGUGGAAAAACGGAGUAAUGCAAAGUUGAACUUUGGACUUGUUGUACAUGUGCACACAGCUUCAGAGCAGCGUCAGUGGGACUGAUACGCUGAGCUUGCUGGCCCGGGCAGAAAGGCUAGGCAAUCAAGGACAUUGGUAGAUAGAUGGAGGAGAAAUCAAAAAUAAUAAAUAAAAAGUUCU